CUCUCUUAUUUUGCUUCUCUUUCUCUCUCUAAAGUUCUUGAAUUCUGCUACUGAUCAUUCACUGAUCAUAAUUUCCUUUUUAAAAUAUAUAUAUUUUUUUGAAAUCGAUAAACUGAAUAAGAAAAGGUUGAAGGACUUUUCAUUGGUAUUGGAUUCCUUAUAGUGAUAAACUUCCGAUCAAUUGCAUUUUUACCUUCCUUGAUCCGGCAAACGCAGAUUUGAUUGGUGAUAGUUAUGCCACCUACAUGUGCAUCGUGCAAAUUUCUAAGGAGAAAAUGCACACAAGAUUGUGUAUUUGCACCAUAUUUCCCCCCAGAUCAACCUAAUAAGUUCUUGAAUGUUCAUAAGGUGUAUGGUGCUAGUAAUGUUGCGAAGCUAUUGAAGGAGUUGAACCCAAGUGAAAGGGAAGAUGCAGUGAAUUCGUUAGCAUGCGAGGCGGAAAUGAGGUUAAUUGAUCCAAUUUAUGGUUGUGUAGGGGUUGUUUCUGCUUUAGAACAACAAUUGCAAUCAAUUCAGAGUAAUGUCACACUUGCUAGGAAACAAUUAAGUUCUUAUAUUGGACCUGCUGGAGUAACGUCUUUUUUGAAUCAAUUUAGUCAGGCUUAUCUUGCUGCUGCAUCUUCUUCUAGUUCUGUAAAUCAACAGAGUAAUAUGGACUUGGGUCCGCGUCAGUGUCUGAGUUCGGGUCCAAUGAUGGGUAGUCCUACUGGUGUUGUUGCGAGCCCGGGUGCAGUCUCACCUCAUGUUCGUAUUGGGCAACCGUUGGUGAUUAUAGGUCCACAAAAUCAACAACAGUCCAUUGAUGCCCACCGAUCAGCUGCUAAACAAGAGCAAGAUGUGAUGAUGAGAAACUGGGAACAUCAACAGGUUAUUAGGCUUGGUGGUGGCAGUGGCAGUGGCAGUGUCAGUGUCAGUGGCAGUGUCUGUGGCGGGUAUGAAGGCAGAAUGAUUGUUGAUAGUAGUAGUGACGGGGGUGACGGUGGGGGUAGGGGUAGGGGUGGGGGUGGGGGUGGCGAGUAUAGUCAAGUGGGGUCCACUUUAGCUAAUGCACAACCAUCAUUGGCUGUUGGUGCAUUUGCGAUUGAUCCUAUGGCUUACAAUAAUCAGAUUCAACAACAUGAGAAACAUGAGCAACAACAUCAACAUCACCAGCAACAUGAGCAACAACAUCAACAUCACCAGCAACAUGAGCAACAACAUCAACACCACCAGCAACAUGAGCAUCAAUUAGUUGAAUCAUUAGAGUUUUUAUUACGACAACAGUCUGCUACAACUCAACCACACCAAGGACAUGUAGAUCAAUUGGGUGAAAGAAUUAGACUACAUGAACAAAAUCAGCAACUUCUCCAACAGCAGCAACACCACAGCACCAGCAACAGCAACAGCAACAGCAACAACAAUGAUCAUGAAGAGGAUGGAGCUGUUGAAACUUGUUAA